AUGACAUUUGCCAAUAUAGCUUACAUUACUCUUCUUGCUGCAUACAAACUCUGGCUGAUUCGGUUCCUGGAAAACAUCUACCGAUCCGAAAUGUAUAGCCACGACAGUUUUAUGGAGAUUCUGAUUGGGAUUUCUAUGCUUAAAUUCGCAUUUCUUCAUUAUGUUUAUAUCCGGGGGAACAAAAACAUUCCAUCUCAACCCUCGUACCGGAAUCAGGACGAGCCACAGACUCGGAAAGAACCCGAAUCGACGAAUUGCGAAUGUUGUUUCUUCAACUGGGUCAGGCGCGAUCCAGAGUCAGCUCCAGAGCGGACUCUUGAGCAUAGUCUCGACUCGAGUUCGACAUGGGCCGUUGCUUCACACGUCUCUUCUUUGGACCUUGACGGAGGCACAUUAGUCAACGAUGGCUUGGUUGAACUUGACACGGCGGAGUGCCUGGAGGAUCCUGACCAUGAAAUUCACCUUUCGUUUGAAGGUCCAUGCGGGGUUAUACUGUGA